AUGGGCGUGGGUAGGGUGGCGGACGUCGUUUUAGAGGGAAUUCAUAGUCGGGAAUGGGGGGGGGUGGCACACGACGGGUGGGGGUUGGACAGUGGCGUGGAUUGCGGGGAGUUAAUUAGGGAGGCCGGACAUUAUGGGGUUCUCUUCAUGGUAGGUGUGGGGUGGGUAGAGACAUUCGGGGGGAGUAUGAGGGUGGGUGAACGGGGGGGUAGUGGUGGGGGGGGGGGGGGGGGGGGGGGGGGGGGGGGGGGGGGGGGGGGGGGGGGGGGGGUGGGGGGGGGGGGGGGGGGGGGGGGGGGGGGGGGGGGGGGGGGGGGGGGGGGGGGGGGGGGGGGGGGGGGGGGGGGGGGGGGUAGGUCUGAUACUAUAUAG